GGAGCGGCUGCGCGGCGAGGGCGGCGGAGCGGAGGAGAAACUCCAGAGGGGAAGCGGCGGCCGCCGGCCUCCACCCCCCGGUAGCGGGAGGAGGAAGCGAAGCGGGCGGCCGGGCCGCUGCCGGCCCCGAGGUGCACGGUCCCGGCCGGAGCUCGGGCGGGCGUUUGGCUCCCCUCCGCCGCCGAGGGGAGGAGCAGCGGCGUCCCCGCAGCCCCGUCCCCGGCGGAUGAGCAGCCCGCGGGGCGGCUUUGGCGGCCUCGCCAUGGCCGGGCCCCGGCGGUGAAGGCAGCGGGAGCCGCCUGCGGCCGUGUCCGUGCCCGCGCCCGGCCGGGAGGCAGCGCAGCCACCAGGGGGCGGGCGGGGAGGGGGAUGAGCGCUGCCGCCGCCGCCGCCUCCUCUGCGGGAGCCGCCGCCUGCGCCGGGGCCGAGGGCGGCUUCUUCUUCCUCUCGGGCGGCUCCGCGCCCAUGGGGCCCGAGGAGGGCUCGGCCGGCGGGCUGGGCGCCCUGGCGCCGCCGUCGGUGGGCUGCCGGGGCCGCUACCAGCUGCUGCUCUCGGGGAAGGCCCUGGCCGACAGAUACCGGAAGAUUUACACGGCGGCGCUGAGCGACCGGGAGCUGGGGAGCCACCCGGGCAGGAGUAAGAAACUUUUUAGCAAGAAAAAAUUGAAAAGGAAACAGAAGACUAAAUUAAAAGUAAAAACACGUAACAAGACGGAAAACCUAGAGAGUACAGUAACCAUACCAGAUAUAAGAUUACAUAGCAACCCUUCAGCUUUUAAUGUUUACUGCAAUGUCCGCCAUUGUGUAUUGGAGUGGCAAAAGAAGGAAGCAUCUGUAUCUUUGGCUUCAAAGAACAGUGUACAGAGUGGGGAUUCGGACAGUGAUGAAGAAGAGGAAUCCAAAGAGCCACCUAUUAAACUUCCAAAGAUCAUUGAAGUUGGAUUAUGUGAAGUCUUUGAACUGAUAAAGGAGACGAGAUUUUCCCAUCCAUCCUUGUGUCUCAGGAGCCUACAAGCCCUACUUAAUGUGCUCCAGGGCCAGCAACCAGAAGGCCUGCAAUCAGAGCCUCCUGAAGUCCUAGAAUCCCUGUUCCAGCUUCUUCUGGAGAUAACUGUCCGUAGCACGGGAAUGAACGACAGUACAGGACAGUCCUUGACAGCACUUUCCUGCGCUUGCCUCUUCAGUUUGGUAGCUGCAUGGGGGGAGACAGGAAGAACGUUGCAAGCAAUCUCUGCUAUCCUCACCAAUAAUGGCAGCCAUGCGUGUCAAACUAUUCAGGUGCCAACCAUUUUAAACUCUCUUCAGCGGAGUGUACAGGCAGUUUUGGUGGGCAAAAUACAAAUCCAGGACUGGUUCAGUAAUGGGAUAAAGAAGGCAGCCUUGAUGCACAAAUGGCCAUUGAAAGAAAUAUCUGUAGAUGAAGAUGACCAGUGCCUGCUUCAGAGCGAUGGUUUUUUCCUAUAUCUCUUAUGUAAAGAUGGACUUUACAAAAUUGGCUCUGGAUAUAGUGGGACAGUGAGGGGCCAUAUAUAUAAUUCUACAUCCCGCAUCAAAAACAGAAAGGAGAAGAAGUCUUGGUUAGGCUAUGCUCAGGGCUAUUUAUUAUAUAGAGAUGCGAACAAUCACAGUAUGACAGCCGUAAGAAUAAACCCUGAAACUUUGGAACAAGACGGUACAGUUGCUUUGCCAGAUUGUCAUACUGAAGGGCAGAAUAUCCUCUUCACUGAUGGAGAAUAUAUUAAUCAAAUAGCAGCAUCUAGAGAUGAUGGCUUUGUAGUGCGAAUAUUUGCAACUAGUACUGAGCCAGUACUGCAACAGGAACUGCAGCUUAAGCUUGCAAGAAAAUGCUUACAUGCCUGUGGCAUCUCAUUGUUUGAUCUGGAAAAAGACUUGCACAUUAUCAGUACAGGGUUUGAUGAGGAAUCAGCUGUCCUUGGUGCUGGAAGAGAGUUUGCCCUUAUGAAAACUGCUAGUGGAAAGAUUUAUUAUACUGGCAAAUAUCAAAGCCUUGGAAUCAAACAAGGUGGACCUUCAGCAGGAAAAUGGGUUGAACUACCAAUCACGAAAUCUCCAAAGAUUAUUCAGUUCUCUGUUGGACAUGAUGGUUCACAUGCCUUACUUGUUGCAGAUGAUGGAAGUAUAUUCUUCACAGGUUCUGCUAGUAAAGGAGAGGAUGGAGAAUCAACUAAAAGCAGACGGCAGUCAAAACCAUAUAAGCCUAAAAAAAUCAUCAAAAUGGAAGGAAAGAUUGUGAUAUCUACAGCUUGCAAUAAUGGAAGCAGUUCUGUAAUUUCAAAAGAUGGAGAACUCUACAUGUUUGGAAAAGAUGCCAUUUACUCUGAUAGUACAAGUUUAGUAACAGAUUUGAAAGGCCACUUUGUGACUCAAGUAGCCAUGGGCAAAGCUCACACCUGUGUGUUAAUGAAAAAUGGAGAAGUUUGGACAUUUGGUGUAAAUAAUAAAGGACAAUGUGGAAGAGACACAGGCUCCAUGAGCCAGGGAGGAAAAGGUUUUGGAGUUGAGAACAUGGCAACAGCAAUGGAUGAAGAUCUAGAAGAGGAACUGGAUGAAAAAGAUGAGAAGUCCAUGAUGUGUCCUCCAGGCAUGCAUAAAUGGAAGCUGGAGCAGUGCAUGGUGUGCACUGUAUGUGGGGAUUGCACAGGCUAUGGAGCUAGCUGCGUUAGUAGUGGCCGUCCUGACAGAGUUCCUGGAGGAAUCUGUGGCUGUGGCUCAGGUGAGUCGGGCUGUGCUGUUUGUGGCUGCUGCAAGGCGUGUGCUAGAGAACUGGAUGGCCAGGAGGCAAGGCAAAGAGGAAUCCUUGAUGCUGUAAAAGAGAUGAUACCUUUAGAUCUCUUACUGGCUGUCCCUGUUCCUGGAGUGAAUAUUGAAGAACACCUUCAGUUACGGCAAGAAGAAAAGCGGCAGCGUGUAAACAGGAGACAUAGACUGGAAGAAGGAAGAGGCCCCCUUGUAUUUCCUGGUCCUAUUUUUAUGAACCAUCGAGAACAGGCUCUAGCCAGAAUCAGACCCCAUCCAGCACAGCUAAAGCAUAAACGGGACAAGCACAAAGACGGAAGUGGAGAAAGAGGUGAGAAGGAUGCAAGCAAAAUCACAACCUAUCCACCAGGGGCUGUCCGCUUUGACUGUGAACUGCGAGCUGUACAAGUCAGUUGUGGAUUUCACCAUUCAGUGGUUUUGAUGGAGAAUGGUGAUGUUUACACAUUUGGAUAUGGGCAGCAUGGGCAACUUGGACAUGGUGAUGUUAAUUCCAGGGGAUGUCCUACUUUGGUGCAAGCAUUACCAGGUCCUAGUACACAAGUUACUGCUGGAAGCAACCAUACAGCUAUUCUCUUAACGGAUGGCCAGGUUUUCACAUUUGGAAGUUUCUCAAAAGGUCAGCUUGGUAGACCAAUUCUGGACAUGCCCUACUGGAAUGCAAAACCAGCACCUAUGCCUAAUAUAGGCUCUAAAUAUGGACGCAAAGCAACAUGGAUUGGAGCAAGUGGAGACCAGACUUUCCUCCGGAUCGAUGAAGCUCUCAUUAAUUCUCAUGUGCUUGCUACAUCAGAGAUAUUUGCAAGCAGGCAUAUAAUAGGUUUGGUACCAGCCUCAAUAUCAGAACCUCCUCCUUUUAAAUGUCUUCUGAUAAACAAAGUAGAUGGCAGUUGCAAAACGUUCAAUGAUUCUGAGCAGGAAGACCUUCAAGGUUCUGGUGUGUGUCUGGAUCCUGUCUAUGAUGUUAUUUGGAGGUUUCGACCAAAUGCUAGGGAACUGUGGAGUUACAAUGCAGUAGUUGCCGAUUCCAGACUUCCCUCAGCUCCAGACAUGCAAUCCCGGUGUAGUAUUUUGAGCCCAGAACUUGCUCUACCAACAGGUUCCAAAGCUCUAACCACCAGAUCUCAUGCAGCUUUGCACAUUCUAGGUUGUCUUGAUACUUUGGCUGCUAUGCAGGACUUAAAAAUGGGUGUAGCAAAUACAGAAGAAGAGACUCAAGCAGUAAUGAAAGUUUAUUCUAAAGAAGACUAUAGUGUUGUUAACAGAUUUGAAAGUCAUGGAGGUGGCUGGGGUUAUUCAGCCCACUCAGUAGAAGCUAUCCGUUUCUGUGCUGAUACAGAUAUUUUGUUAGGUGGUCUUGGUCUUUUUGGAGGUAGGGGUGAAUAUACGGCAAAAAUAAAGUUGUUUGAAUUGGGUCCAGAUGGGGGAGACCAUGAGACUGAUGGCGACCUUCUUGCUGAAACAGAUGUCUUAGCAUAUGAUUGUGCUGCUAGAGAGAAGUAUGCAAUGAUGUUUGAUGAACCAGUACUCCUACAAGCUGGCUGGUGGUAUGUAGCCUGGGCAAGAGUGUCAGGACCUAGCAGUGAUUGUGGAUCUCACGGACAGGCCUCUAUUACUACGGAUGAUGGGGUUGUCUUUCAGUUUAAAAGUUCCAAGAAAUCAAAUAAUGGUACAGAUGUUAAUGCAGGGCAGAUCCCACAGUUACUGUACAGGCUGCCAACAAGUGAUGGUAGUGCAUCCAAAGGAAAACAGCAAACCAGUGAGCCUGUGCAUAUUUUAAAGAGGUCUUUUGCCAGAACUGUGUCAGUGGAAUGCUUUGAGUCUUUAUUGAGCAUUCUUCACUGGAGCUGGACAACACUGGUGCUAGGAGUCGAAGAACUUCGUGGACUUAAAGGAUUCCAAUAUACUGCUACUCUUCUGGAUUUAGAAAGAUUGCGUUUUGUGGGUACUUGCUGUCUGAGGUUGCUGAGGGUCUACACCUGUGAAAUAUAUCCAAUAUCAGCUACGGCUAAGGCGGUUGUAGAAGAAACCAGCAAACUAGCAGAUUGCAUUGGAAAAACUAGGACCUUGCUGAGAAAAAUCCUAUCUGAAGGAGUUGAUCAUUGCAUGGUCAAGUUGGACAAUGAUCCCCAAGGAUAUCUCAGUCAGCCCCUGAGCCUUUUAGAAGCUGUUCUUCAGGAAUGCCAUAAUACUUUCACAGCUUGCUUUCAUUCUUUUUAUCCAACACCAGCUCUCCAGUGGGCAUGUCUUUGUGACUUGCUCAAUUGUUUGGAUCAGGACAUCCAAGAAGCAAAUUUCAAAACCUCCAGUAGCCGGCUUCUUGCUGCUGUUAUGUCUGCUCUCUGCCACACUUCAGUGAAACUGACCUCUAUUUUUCCAAUUGCUUAUGAUGGAGAGGCAUUGCUGCGAUCAAUGGUAAAACAAGUCAGCACUGAGAAUGACUCUGCUCUGGCCCAUCGUUUUCCUCUUUUGGUUGCACAUAUGGAAAAACUUAGUCAGAGCGAAGAAAAUGUUUCAGGAAUGACAAGCUUUCGGGAAGUGCUGGAAAAGAUGUUGGUCAUUGUUGUUUUACCAGUCCGGAACAGCCUUAGACGAGAAAAUGAACUUUUUUCUUCACAUCUAGUUUCUAAUACCUGUGGGUUGCUUGCUAGUAUCGUGAGUGAACUUACAGCAUCAGCAUUAGGAUCUGAGGUUGAUGGGCUGAACUCUCUUCAUUCUGUCAAAUCCACUCCAAACAGAUUCACUAAAACAAGCCAGGGAAGAAGCUGGAAUACUGGGAAUGGAUCCCCUGAUGCAAUAUGUUUCUCUGUGGACAAGGCUGGUGUAGUUGUAGUAGGCUUUUCUGUUUACGGUGGAGGGGGAAUUCAUGAGUAUGAACUGGAAGUAUUAGUUGAUGAUAGUGAUCAUACUGGAGAUUCAACUCAUUCUCAUAGAUGGACAUCUUUAGAAUUGGUUAAAGGAACUUACACCACGGAUGAUUCUCCCAGUGACAUAGCUGAAAUCAGACUUGAUAAAGUUGUACCACUGAAGGAAAAUGUGAAAUAUGCGAUUCGUUUGAGGAAUUACGGAAGCCGGACUGCCAAUGGAGAUGGAGGAAUGACCACAGUUCAGUGUCCAGAUGGUGUAACAUUUACCUUUAGUACAUGUAGUCUGAGCAGUAACGGCACAAACCAAACACGCGGACAGAUUCCACAGAUUCUUUAUUACAGGAGUGAGUAUGAUGGAGAUCUGCAAUCACAGCUUUUGAACAAAGCUAAUGAAGAAGACAAAAACUGUAGCAGGGCUCUUUCCGUUGUGAGCGCUGUUGUGCGAGCAGCCAAAGACCUGUUGCACAGAGCUCUUGCUGUAGAUGCUGAAGACAUUCCAGAACUACUGAGCUCUUCCAGUCUGUUCUCAAUGCUGCUACCACUGAUAAUAGCCUACAUAGGACCAGUUGCAGCAGCAAUUCCCAAGGUUGCUGUUGAGGUCUUUGGCCUAGUACAACAAUUACUUCCUUCUGUAGCAGUUUUGAAUCAGAAAUAUGCUCCUCCAGCUUUUAACCCAAAUCAGUCUACAGACAGCACCACAGGAAAUCAACCAGAGCAAGGGCUUUCAGCUUGUACUACCUCUAAUCACUAUGCUGUUGUGGAAAGUGAACAUCCCUAUAAACCAGCCUGUGUUACUCACUACAAGGUGACUUUUCCUGAAUGUGUCAGGUGGAUAACAAUAGAAUUUGAUACUCAGUGUGGCACUGCUCAGUCAGAGGAUGUUCUUCGUUUACUAAUUCCUGUCAGAAUUGCACAGAGUCUGGGGUUUGGACCAAAGCAUACUUCUGUUCAUGAAAAUCUUAAUUCAUGGAUAGAACUGAAAAAAUUCUCUGGAUCUUCAGGAUGGCCUACAAUGGUAUUGGUAUUGCCAGGAAAUGAAGCUCUUUUUUCUCUGGAGACUGCAUCAGACUAUGUGAAAGAUGAAAAGGCUUGUUUUUACGGUUUCAAAUGUUAUGCAAUUGGAUAUGAAUUUAGUCCAGGAUCUGAUGAGGGUAUUAUUCAGCUGGAAAAAGAAUUGGCCAAUUUAGGAGGGUCAUGUGCAGCAGCUUUGAUGAAGAAAGAUCUAGCUCUUCCUAUUGCAGGUAAUGAAUUUGAAGAAGAUCUUGAGAUUCUUGAAGAAGCUGCUUUACAGGUGUGCAAAUCUCAUUCCGGCAUUCUUGGAAAAGGGUUGGCACUAUCUCACUCACCAACAAUACUGGAAGCCCUUGAAGGAAAUCUUCCACUGCAGGUACAAAGCAAUGAGCAGUCGUUUCUAGAGGAUUUCAUUGCUUGUGUACCAGGAUCAAGUGGUGGACGACUUGCAAGAUGGCUUCAGCCAGAUUCAUAUGCUGAUCCUCAAAAAACGUCAUUAAUUUUGAAUAAGGAUGACAUUCGUUGUGGUUGGCCAACUGUUAUUACAGUACAAACAAAAGACCAGUAUGGGGAUGUUGUUCAUGUUCCUAAUAUGAAGGUAGAAGUCAAAGCUAUUCCUGUUUCUCAGAAAAAAACAUCUUUGCAACAAGAGCAAGUAAAAAAGAUGCAACGGAUACCAGGGAGUCCUGCAGCAGCUGCAUCCCCUAGCGCUGAUAUGACUUUCGGAGGACUUCCUUCACCAAAGCUUGAUUCUUCUUAUGAGCCAAUGAUAGUAAAAGAAGCUCGAUAUAUUGCUAUUACAAUGAUGAAGGCAUAUGAAAAUUACUCAUUUGAAGAACUACGCUUUGCUUCACCGACACCAAAGAGACCCAGUGAAAACAUGCUGAUCAGAGUCAAUAAUGAUGGUACAUACUGUGCAAACUGGACUCCCGGCGCUGUUGGUCUCUAUACCAUUCACGUUACUAUAGAUGGCAUUGAAAUAGAUGCUGGGCUAGAAGUGAAAGUAAAAGAUCCUCCAAAGGGAAUGAUACCACCUGGAACACAGCUUAUUAAACCAAAGGCAGAGCCUCAGCCAAACAAGGUUCGCAAAUUUGUGGCCAAGGACAGUGCAGGGCUUCGUAUCCGUAGCCACCCUUCCCUUCAGAGUGAGCAAAUAGGCAUAGUGAAAGUCAAUGGAUCCAUCACUUUCAUUGACGAGAUCCACAAUGAUGAUGGUGUUUGGCUGAGGCUGAAUGAUGAGACAAUAAAGAAGUAUGUUCCUAACAUGAAUGGUUACACUGAAGCCUGGUGCCUCUCUUUUAACCAACAUCUUGGCAAGAGCCUUCUGGUACCUGUUGACAAUGUCUUUAAUGCUAGCCAAGGAGUAAGGGAUUUGGACUUUUUUUCAUGGACUUCCAAAGCUUUACCCCCUAAGGAAUCUAGGUCUAAUACUGAUGAUUUUUUCAAAGACCUAAAUUCACACUGCCCACAGGAAGCAGUGAUGCAAGAACAAGAUAUGCCAUUCCUUCGAGGUGGUCCUGGAGUGUACAAGGUAGUGAAGACUGGCCCAUCAGGUCACAACAUCAGAAGCUGCCCUAACCUUAGAGGUAUCCCAAUUGGAAUGUUAGUUCUGGGAAACAAAGUCAAGGCAGUGGGCGAGGUGACUAAUUCAGAAGGUACAUGGGUGCAAAUGGAUAAGAACAGCAUGGUAGAAUUCUGUGAAAGUGAUGAAGGCGAGGCGUGGUCAUUAGCUAGAGACAGAGGUGGAAACCAGUACCUCCGACACGAAGAUGAGCAAGUUCUUCUAGACCAAAAUGUUCAGACUCCUCCCCCAAGUCCUUUUUCAAUACAAGCUUUCAGUAAGGGAACAAGCUGUAGUAAUGGACAAGGGUUUGAUUAUGGCCUUGGAAAUAACAAAGUUUUGACUGUUUUGCCCGCUACAGGUGACCAACUGAGUGCCAUACUGAAUUCCAUUCAGUCACGGCCAAAUCUCCCAGCUCCUUCCAUCUUUGAUCAAGCUGCAAAACCUCCCUCUUCCCUAGUGCACAGUCCAUUUGUGUUCGGACAGCCCCUUUCCUUCCAGCAGCCUCAGCCACAGCUUCAGAGUGACCGAGUGAAUUUCACAGGAGCCGCAAGACCGAUUUCUCCAGCAGGAAAAUCAGACAUGUCAUCAAAACACAGAGCUGACAGCAGGUCACCCAAGCUUGAUGUGCGAAUGAAUAGAGCUGCUGCUGACCAGAAGAAACCUAGGAAUACAGAAGGGUUAUCUGCCAGUGAAUCUCUUAUGCUGAAAUCAGAUGCUGCAAAAUUGCGAUCAGAUUCUCACAGCAGAUCUUUGUCUCCGAAUCAUAACACUUUGCAAACACUAAAAACUGAUGGAAGAAGUACUACUGGUCUGAGAGCUGAAUCUCCAGGGCCAGGAACUCGGUCAUCUUCUCCAAAGACGAAGACGCUUACAGCAGUUAGGUCUGGUGCUAGUUCUCCACGGUCCUCCUCACCCCAUGAUAAAACUCUACCUCAGAAAGCUCCAUCUCCAGUAAAAACAAAGCUUGAUCCUCCUCGAGAACGAUCCAAAUCAGAUUCUUACACAUUAGAUCCAGACACCCUUCGCAAAAAGAAAGUACCGCUAACAGAACCCUUAAGGGGGAGGUCCACUUCACCCAAACCAAAAAUUAUUACAAAAGAUGGAAAACCUGUUACAGAAACUGAAAACAGAGCUCCCUCCCCUCAUGUUGUACAAGAAAAUCUUCACAGUGAGGUUGUUGAAGUGUGUACGUCAAGUACUUUAAAGACUAACAGCAUUACAGAUAGCACCUGUGAAGACAACACAGAAUUCAGAAGUCUGGAUGAUGGUUCUAAUAAAGUUCAUUUCAGCAUAGGAAAAGCACCCCUGAAAGAUGAGCAAGACAUGAGAGCAUCUCCAAAAGUGAGCCGUAAAUGUGCUGGUAGGCACACAAGACCCAAAAAGGAGAAAUCCAGUUUUCUUUUUAAAGGAGAUGGAUCCAAACCUGUAGAGCCAGCCAAGCAAGCAAUGUCACCUUCUGUCGCAGAAUGUGCUAGAGCUGUAUUCGCUGCUUUUCUUUGGCAUGAAGGAAUAGUUCAUGAUGCUAUGGCUUGUUCAUCUUUUUUGAAGUUUAAUCCAGAACUGUCCAAAGAGCAUGCACCAAUCCGAAGCAGUCUUAAUCAACAACCUGCAGAGGAAAAAGAAACCAAGUUAAAAAACAGACAUUCACUGGAAAUAUCAUCUGCUCUUAAUAUGUUUAACAUUGCACCGCAUGGACCAGAUAUAUCUAAAAUGGGUAGCAUCAACAAAAAUAAAGUCCUCUCAAUGCUGAAAGAACCACCUUUGCAUGAAAAGUGUGAGGAUGGAAAAACUGAAACUACCUCUUUUGAAACAUCCAGUCACCACACGAUGAAAUCCAAGUCUCCUCUUCCAUUAACACUGCAGCACUUGGUAGCUUUCUGGGAAGAUAUUUCUUUAGCAACUAUUAAAGCAGCAUCCCAAAAUAUGAUUUUUCCAAGUCCCGGUUCUUGUGCAGUGUUAAAGAAGAAGGAAAGUGACAAAGAUAACAAGAAGACCAAAAAAGAGAAAAAGAAAAAGGAAAAGGUUGAGACUAGGCCAAGGGGAAACCUUUUUGGUGAGAUGGCCCAGCUUGCAGUAGGAGGACCUGAAAAAGACACCAUCUGUGAGCUGUGUGGAGAAUCCCAUCCUUAUCCAGUGACUUACCACAUGAGACAAGCUCAUCCAGGUUGUGGCCGUUAUGCAGGUGGCCAAGGUUAUAAUAGCAUUGGACACUUCUGUGGAGGAUGGGCUGGUAACUGUGGUGAUGGUGGUAUUGGAGGAAGCACUUGGUAUUUGGUUUGUGAUCGAUGCAGAGAAAAAUAUCUCCGUGAAAAGCAAGCAGCAGCAAGAGAGAAGAUUAAACAAUCUAGGAGAAAACCAAUGCAAGUUAAGACUCCUCGUGCCUUGCCAACUAUGGAAGCUCAUCAAGUGAUUAAAGCUAAUGCACUGUAUUUGCUGUCACUGAGCAGUGCUGCUGAACCCAGUAUCCUCUGCUAUCACCCUGCAAAAGCAUUCCAGUCUCAACUUCCCAGUGUCAAAGAAGGAAUUUCUGAAGACUUUCCCAUUAAAAUGCCAUGUCUCUAUCUACAGACUUUAGCAAGGCAUCAUCAUGAAAACUUUGUUGGGUACCAGGAUGACAACCUCUUCCAGGAUGAGAUGAGGUACCUGCGCUCAACUUCAGUACCUGCACCAUACAUCUCAGUUACUCCCGAUGCAAGCCCUAAUGUCUUUGAAGAGCCAGAGAGUAACAUGAAAUCUAUGCCCCCAAGUUUGGAAACCAGCCCAAUAACAGAUACAGACCUUGCAAAGCGUACAGUCUUUCAAAGGUCAUACUCAGUUGUUGCAUCAGAAUAUGACAAACAGCACUCAAUUUUGCCAGCACGUGUAAAGGCAAUCCCUAGGAGACGAGUCAACAGUGGAGAUGCAGAAGUGGGGUCCUCUCUCCUGAGACAUCCAUCUCCUGAACUUUCUCGGUUAAUCUCCGCCCACAGCUCUCUUUCCAAAGGAGAGAGAAAUUUCCAGUGGCCAGUAUUGGCAUUUGUAAUCCAGCAUCAUGAUCUGGAAGGACUUGAAAUAGCAAUGAAACAAGCCUUACGGAAAUCUGCUUGCCGAGUAUUUGCUAUGGAGGCUUUUAACUGGCUUCUUUGUAAUGUCAUUCAAACAACUUCUCUUCAUGAUAUUUUAUGGCAUUUUGUGGCUUCCCUGACACCUUCACCUGUAGAACCUGAAGAGGAGGAGGAUGAAGAAAAUAAAUCAAAUAAGGAAAAUGCAGAACAAGAGAAAGACACAAGAGUGUGUGAACAUCCUUUGUCAGAUAUAGUAAUUGCUGGUGAAGCAGCUCACCCAUUACCCCACACUUUUCAUCGACUGCUCCAGACAAUCUCUGAUCUUAUGAUGUCUCUACCCAGUGGUAGUGCAUUACAGCAAAUGGCCUUAAGGUGUUGGAGUCUCAAAUUCAAACAAUCUGAUCACCAGUUCCUGCACCAGAGCAAUGUUUUCCAUCAUAUCAACAAUAUUUUGUCUAAAUCUGAUGAUGGAGAUAGUGAAGAGAGUUUUAGUAUCAGUAUACAGUCAGGUUUUGAAAUCAUGAAUCAGGAACUCUGUAUAGUGGUUUGUCUAAAAGACCUAACAAGCAUUGUUGACAUUAAAACAUCAAGCCGACCUGCCAUGAUUGGUAGUUUAACAGAUGGAUCUACAGAAACGUUCUGGGAGUCAGGAGAUGAAGACAAAAACAAAACUAAAAACAUCACAAUUAACUGUGUAAAAGGAAUCAAUGCACGUUAUGUGUGUGUUCAUGUAGACAAUUCCAGAGAUCUUGGGAACAAAGUGACUUCAAUGACCUUCCUAACUGGCAAGGCAGUAGAAGAUCUCUGCAGAAUAAAGCAGGUAGACUUGGAUUCAAGACAUAUUGGCUGGGUAACAAGUGAACUUCCUGGGGGUGAUAAUCACAUCAUCAAAAUUGAAUUGAAAGGUCCAGAGAACACACUCAGAGUUCGACAAGUGAAAAUUCUUGGAUGGAAAGAUGGUGAAAGCAUUAAAAUAGCAGGCCAGAUUUCUGCAAGUGUAGCUCAGCAAAGAAACUGUGAAUCUGAAACGCUGAGAGUAUUCCGACUUAUUACGUCCCAGGUAUUCGGAAAACUCAUCUCCGGUGAUGCUGAGCCAACCCCAGAACAAGAAGAAAAAGCACUCUUGUCUUCCCCAGAAGGAGAAGAAAAAGUACACAAUGCAACAUCAGAUGCGGACCUGAAAGAGCACAUGGUAGGAAUCAUAUUCAGCCGAAGCAAACUGACAAAUUUGCAAAAGCAGGUAUGUGCUCAUAUAGUCCAGGCCAUACGAAUGGAAGCGACGCGUGUGCGUGAGGAGUGGGAGCAUGCCAUCUCUAGCAAAGAGAAUGCCAACUCACAACCUAAUGAUGAAGAUGCUUCUUCUGACGCAUAUUGCUUUGAGCUGCUGUCAAUGGUGCUGGCAUUGAGCGGUUCCAAUGUAGGCCGGCAGUAUCUGGCUCAGCAGCUGACUCUGCUCCAGGAUCUCUUCUCAUUAUUACACACAGCUUCUCCUAGGGUACAGAGACAGGUAACAUCAUUACUAAGACGUGUUUUGCCUGAAGUAACCCCUAGUCGCCUGGCUAGUAUCAUAGGAGUGAAGUCUCUUCCACCAGCAGAUAUAAGUGAUAUCAUUCACUCAACAGAAAAAGGAGAUUGGAAUAAACUGGGUAUCUUAGAUAUGUUUUUGGGAUGCAUUGCCAAAGCUCUCACUGUACAGCUAAAAGCCAAAGGAACUACUAUAACUGGGACAGCUGGCACUACUGCAGGCAAAGGAGUUACUACGGUCACACUUCCCAUGAUCUUCAAUUCCAGCUAUAUUCGGCGAGGUGAAAGCCAUUGGUGGAUGAAGGGUUCAACACCUACACAGAUUUCAGAGAUCAUUAUUAAGCUGAUUAAAGACAUGGCAGCAGGUCAUCUGUCAGAAGCUUGGUCUCGUGUGACAAAGAAUGCUAUUGCUGAAACCAUCAUAGCUCUGACCAAAAUGGAAGAAGAAUACCGAUCACCAGUGAGGUGCAUUGCAACAACCAGAUUGUGGCUGGCCCUAGCAUCCCUCUGUGUACUUGAUCAGGAUCAUGUUGAUAGACUGUCAUCAGGAAGAUGGAUGGGAAAGGAUGGACAACAGAAACAGAUGCCAAUGUGCGAUAACCAUGAUGAUGGUGAAACUGCCGCAAUCAUUUUAUGUAAUGCCUGUGGGAAUUUGUGUACAGAUUGUGACCGAUUCCUUCAUCUCCAUCGACGAACAAAAACUCAUCAGAGACAGGUAUUCAAAGAAGAAGAAGAAGCUAUCAAAGUUGAUCUUCAUGAGGGUUGUGGUAGGACCAAGCUUUUCUGGCUGAUGGCAUUAGCAGAUUCUAAAACUAUGAAGGCUAUGGUGGAGUUUAGAGAACAGACAGGCAAACCGACCACCAGCAGUUCCGAAGCAUGUCGUUUCUGUGGUUGUAGGAGUGGAACAGAAUUAUCAGCAGUGGGAAGUGUUUGUUCUGACACGGAUUGCCAGGAGUAUGCUAAAAUUGCCUGCAGCAAGACACAUUCCUGCGGUCAUCCAUGUGGAGGUGUUAAGAAUGAAGAGCACUGUCUACCAUGCUUGCAUGGUUGUGAUAAGAAUGCUACCACUCUUAAACAAGAUGCUGAUGACAUGUGUAUGAUCUGUUUUACUGAAGCACUUUCAGCAGCACCAGCUAUCCAGUUGGACUGCAGCCAUGUUUUCCAUUUGCAAUGCUGUCAACGUGUAUUAGAAAACAGAUGGCUUGGGCCAAGGAUAACUUUUGGGUUUAUGUCCUGUCCUAUUUGCAAGAACAAAAUCAAUCAUACAGUAUUAAAGGAUUUGCUUGAUCCAAUCAAAGAACUCUAUGAAGAUGUAAGGAGAAAAGCACUGAUGAGAUUGGAGUAUGAAGGGUUGCACAAGAGUGAGGCCAUCACAACACCAGGUGUUAGAUUUUAUAAUGACCCAGCUGGCUAUGCCAUGAACAGAUAUGCUUAUUAUGUUUGCUACAAAUGCAAAAAGGCAUAUUUUGGUGGCGAAGCUCGUUGUGAUGCUGAGGCUGGACAAGGAGAUGACUAUGAUCCAAGAGAGCUUAUUUGUGGUGCAUGCUCUGAUGUUUCAAGGGCUCAGAUGUGUCCCAAACACGGUACAGAUUUCUUAGAGUACAAAUGCCGCUACUGCUGUUCAGUUGCUGUUUUUUUCUGUUUUGGGACAACACAUUUUUGCAACGCUUGCCAUGAUGAUUUCCAAAGAAUGACAAGCAUCCCUAAAGAAGAACUCCCACACUGUCCUGCAGGUCCCAAAGGUAAACAACUUGAAGGAACAGAAUGUCCACUUCAUGUUGUCCAUCCACCCACUGGUGAAGAAUUUGCUCUGGGUUGUGGGGUUUGCAGAAAUGCUCACACUUUUUAGACUUCUUUUUUUUUUUAACCAGAGCAAAACAGGUGCCCUCAUCCCACAAGUGUCCUGAAAAUAAAGUCCAGCUGGGAUGAGGAUGGGACCAUUUCAUAACCCAGGUAAAAGGAACAAUUUACAGUGCAAGAAGGAUGCCAAAUACCAUGUACAUAAUUCUUGCUGUGAGAAAUUGACAUUUUUUGAACCGAGACAUCAAAACUUGUGAGGUGUUUGCAUGUGGCCAUUACAGUCAUCGGCUAGGAAACAUUGGACAUUUACAAAUAAAUAAUUGCUAUUAAAGGAUUUGUGUGUCUGUGGACUAUGAAUGAUGCUGGCUUUCAGGAGAAAGAAAAAAAAAUAUUGAUUAUUGUAUACUGACUUUUUGUAAUCUUGUACAAUUGUAACGCAUCACAAGUGGGGAUGGGAAAGAGGAAUAUUCUGGUUUAUUUCCUAGACUGUUAUUAAAAAAAAAAAUGUGUUAGGAAGGCAUAAAUGUAACAAGUAUCACACUGUAUAUAAAGGUAUCAAUGUUUGUCCUGUAUAAGAAUUAUUAAAUUACAACAGCAGUUUCAUUUAAACUUCUGGGUUAUGUUUGAGCCUGAAAUUUUAAUGAAGUGCAAUACUGAGUGUGCCUCAUAUCUUGCAGCUGUAAACAUAAUGGAAUGUACAUGUCAAUAAAGCCACUGUACAUUUUUAUACAGUGAAAGUC